UUUUUUUUUCAAAAGAGGGGCACACUGGUGUCCAGGUGCACCAAAUUCGCUACCAAAUUUUUUUUAGUUAUAAUGUGUAAAAAAAAAUUGAGAUAUUUUUUUAGUGAAUUAAUUAAGAUUUUUUUAGUCAACAAUUGUGAUUUGUUAAUAUUGCCUUUUUUUUAUUGAGAAAUGUUAAUAUUGGUCAAAUGGAUAUUGCCUACUCGAACUGGACCGAAAAUGGGCUGGCCCAAGAUAGCCCAGGCUGGUUCUGCUCAGCUAUCCCGCCUCCCGCGACGCAAAGGAUACCGCCGCUGUCGGUCGAUUCGGUUGCCGACUUGCCGGCGGGCUUGCCGCAGCCGACCGCGCCCCGCCGCGCGCGCCGCCGCACUCCAGUCCUCCUCCACCGCGCCUGUUCCUCUCCUCCCCCUCUCUCCUUCCUUGGCCCAUCGCUCGUCUGUAGCUGCUACCGCUGUCGCUCGUGGACCAGACGCGCGCCACCGCCUUCCACUCCACUCCAUCCCGCCGGCUAAUCCGUUCUUUGCCGCGGUACCCGCGGUUAGCGAGACAAUGUCGCGGUGAGUUGUACCGUGCGCGCGAGGAAGUCUUGCGAGCACAUGCUCCGCGCCCCGUCACGCGCCCGCGGCCUGCUCGACGGAAUUCCCAGCCGGGGCGCGUGCCUUGUGGUGGGCGCUCGGCCGCCCGAUCUCAGAAUGCUCUUGCGAGCGUACGCGGGCAUGCUGGCGCGCGGAGGCAGGCCCGACGCGUACACGUUCCCGCCCCUGCUCAAGGCGCUGGCGGCCGAGCGGGGCGUCGUGGCACCACCGGCUGUUGGAGGCGCCAUCCACGCGCACGUGGUCAAGUUCGGGCUUGAGCUCAACGCGCACGUGGCGAGCUCGCUGGUCCUCAUGUACGCGGCCAGGGGCGAUCAUCUGACUGCGCGUGCGCUGCUGGAUGCGUGGCCCGCGGGCGGUGGAGGCACGCCCGUGCUGUGGAACGCUCUCAUCUCCGGCUGCAAGAGAGGCAGGCAGCUCGCACUGUCAUGCUGCUAUUUCGUGGAUAUGGCGAGGGCUGGCGUUGCGCGGACGCCGGUCACUUACAUCACGGUGCUGUCAGCUUGCGGGAAAGGCGAUGACAUCCUGCUCGGAAUGCAGGUGCACAAGUGCGUCGUGGCGAGCGGGGUGCUGCCUGACCUCAAGGUGGAGAAUGCUCUCGUUGAUAUGUACGCCGAGUGUGGCGAGAUGGAAGCAGCGUGGCAGUUGUUUGAGGGCAUGCAGGUGAGGGAUAUGGUUUCCUGGACGUCAGUUAUAUCUGGGUUUGUAAGACUAGGUCAGGUUGAUCGAGCCAGAGUAUUGUUUGAUCAAAUGCCUGAGAGGGACACCGUUUCAUGGACUGCAAUGAUUGAUGGUUAUGUGCGGACUGGACGGUUCAGAGAGGCACUGGAUAUUUUCCGUGAGAUGCAGUUUAGCAAGGUGAUGGCAGACGAGUUCACCAUGGUCAGCGUAGUCACGGCGUGCGCGCAGCUUGGUGCUUUGGAGACAGGGGAAUGGGCAAGGGUUUACAUGAGCAGGCGUGGGAUCAAGAUGGAUACUUUCGUUGGCAAUGCACUCAUAGACAUGUAUUCAAAGUGUGGGAGCAUUGAGCGGGCAUUGGGCGUGUUCAAAGAGAUGCACAGCAGAGAUAAGUUUACUUGGACCGCCAUCAUACUUGGUCUUGCUGUGAAUGGCCAUGGUGAACAGGCUAUCCAUAUGUUUUACAAAAUGCUUAGGGCGUUUGAAGCUCCAGAUGAAGUGACAUUUGUUGGUGUUCUAACUGCCUGCACUCAUGCUGGCUUGGUUGACAAAGGCCGAGACUUCUUUCUCAGCAUGGUAGGGACCUACGGGGUUGCUCCUACUGUGAUGCAUUAUGGAUGCAUAAUCGACCUCCUAGGCCGAGCUGGGAAACUAACAGAGGCACUGGAAACAAUUGGUAAAAUGCCUAUGAGACCCAACUGUGCAAUUUGGGGGACCCUGCUGGCAGCUUGUAGGGUUCAUGGUAACUCAGAGAUAGGUGAAUUGGCAGCAGCGAAUCUCCUCGAGUUGGAUCCAGAGAACAGCAUGGCUUACAUUCUUUUGUCCAAUCUGUAUGCAAAGUCUAAUAGAUGGGAAGAUGUCCGGCGGCUUAGGCACGUAAUAAUGGAGAAAGGAAUCAAGAAAGAACCUGGUUGCAGUCUGAUUGAAAUGAAUGGCACACUUCACGAAUUUGUAGCUGGUGAUAGAUCUCAUCCUAUGAGCAUAGAAAUCUAUUCCAAAUUGGACAAGGUACUCACCGACUUGAAGAAUGCUGGGUAUGUGCCGGAUGUAACAGAGGUAUUUGUUCAAGUUACAGAAGAAGAAAAACAGAAAGUUCUUUAUUGGCACAGCGAAAAGUUGGCAGUCGCCUUUGCACUACUCAGUUCAGAAUCUUGUUCAACCAUAAGGAUCGUGAAAAACUUGAGGAUGUGUUUGGAUUGCCAUAAUGCAAUUAAAUUGAUCUCCAAGUUAUAUAUGCGAGAGGUUGUCGUGAGGGACAGGACACGCUUCCAUCAUUUUAGACAUGGACUCUGUUCUUGUAAGGACUACUGGUAACUCUCAUUAUACAUCGAUGAUAUAAUACAAUGGAAUUUUGGUAGUAGGUCUGGGUGACCACACAAUGGCCAACUUCGGUUUCUCAUUUCAAACACUACAUACUGCACAUUUGUAGUUCUGAGAAUGAAGGUAGAAUCGAGUUAAUAUUCUCGGUACACUGGAAGCUAUUACAUCUUGGUGUAAUCAUGUCUGUUGCUGAACGCUUAUUUUGGCCACAGCUAUUACUGAUGGAAGAUAUGUGUGUACUUCAAUAGAGGAAAUUCUUGCAGUAACUGUGAUCUAUCUUCUGGACUGAAGUUGAUAUUUAGGUGCAACAGUGUUCUUUCUGAAGAUUUAUUGUUUAGUGCUUUGCCAAACCAGAUAGUUCCAUAGAGGAAGUUCUUUCAGUGACAUUGAUUUAUCUUAUGGCCUGAAGCUGAUAAUCAUUGUGCAACUGUAUUCUGUCAAUCACAUGCUAGCAAAUGUUGGUGUCUGCUGAUGCUUUACUGUUUGGUGCUUACUCAAACCAGGUUUGUUCUGUGUCCUGCCUUCGUAUGUUCGAUCCUGUUGCCUAGUUGAUAUUUGAAUUUGUAAUGAACUCAACACAUUUACCUACUUUGAAUAUGGAAUAUUUGACCAUGCUUGUUCACAAUUGCUCAGUAAAUCUUGACACGUUUUGUGAAACAGUUAUUCCAUCUAUAUGCCUUUAAUACACCAUGUUUUCUUUUGAGUUAUUCUCACCUGUUGAUGCCCACAGUUGCUAGAGAAGUACAUAAUUUAUCUGAAAUAGUUUAGAAGACAAAGGUGAUAUUUAGCAUGAUUUUGGCAACUAGGAGAAUUAACUAGCACAUUUAAAACAAUGCAUUUCCUCAUUAAUCUUGAGUUCGGCCCUUUAACUGUUUUUGAAUAUAAACAGGACAGAGCAACCUUGUUUUAGCUGAUCCUUGGAGCCCUUUUUUUUAGGGUAUGAGAAAUCCUUGAAAUUUCAUGUUUGUCACAGUACUAAACCAAAUACGAGUGUCUAUGCUGGUUCCACUUCCUUCCCCUUUUGGAUUAUUCACCUC